AGAGUACAACUCAGUCGAGCUCUCUAAGCUAUGAUGCGGAGCAAGCACAGACAGAGGAGGGGCGUACUCUCUGCACUCCUCGCUCCUCUAGUGCCUCAACCACUGGCAAUACUGCUAACCCCUCUAUUCUCGCUACUCCCGCUCCUACUGCUGGCACUGCUACUGAAGAAGCUACUGAAGGGAUUGCAGAGGGCGACAACGACACGCGGCAACAACUAGACUCCCCUCACUCUCCCUCCUCUCAGCCAUCCGCCACUUCUUCCAACUUUAACGCUCCUCCUCCCCCUCUCCUCAUACCGCCCUCAUCUCUUCUUAACGAUCCGCCCUCCACUCCCCCUCCCGCACUCCCCUCCCACACUACCACUCCCGCCUCCCUUCCUUCCCCUCCCUCCUCCCCUCUUCACUCCUCGCUUCCUCCCCCUUCUCCACACGCGUCCUCCCCUUCUCGCUCCUCUCACCCCUCCCCUUCCCCCUCCUCCUUCCCCCCUUCAUCGCCCUCUCCUGCCGCUUCUACCAGCCCAGCCGUAUCAGCAGCAACAGCCAUACGUGCUGCUGCUAGCAAUACAGGAGGUGUGGGGGGCAGAGGUGCCGGAGCUAGUCCCGAGGCUAGCACCGAAGCUAGCACCGGGUGCAUGGGAUGGGAACGGGGAUCAGCAGCAGACAGCAUCAGCCCUGUCGGCAGCGCUCGCAGCAUUGGGUGGGAUGCAGGGGGGAGGAUAACUGCACCUGGGAAUGUGAGCCCUGCAGGCAGCAUGGGGAGCAUGAGGAGUGUGGGGUGGGAGGGGGAACCGAUGUCCCCCGCGUGGAGUGGGGAGGCGGGGCAGGCGUGGGUGGGGGAGCGGCCGGUGUGGGAGAUAAAGCUGAGAGACGUGGUGCUGAAGAGGGAGAUUGCAAAAGGGUCGUCAGGGACUGUGUACAAGGGCAAAUACAAGGACAGCACUGUUGCGGUGCGCAUCGUGCCUUGGAGCGAGGUGGAAGGGGAGAUGUCCGAGGGGGAACAGUGGGAGCACAAGAGGGCCAAGUUCCUAAGGGAAGUGACUAUAUGGAGACGGCUCAAACACCCCAAUAUAGUCAAGUUCCUGGGAGCAUCUAUCCCUGAGCACCCUCAACUGCUGACCACCCCCACUAGCGCUGCCAGGGAGAAAGGGGCAGACACGCGGUUCAAGGGCCAUGCGUUUUGUGGGGUGAUGGAGCAUGUGGAACACUGUAGCCUCAAGGAGUAUCUUUUCCGGGCAGCCCGGGAGCGAAGGAAGCUACCGAUGCCGUUCAUUGUGCAAGUGGCAGUCGAUCUCGGCAAGGGCCUGGCAUAUAUGCACUCUAUGGGCGUGGUGCACGGCGACAUUUGUCCUGAGAACCUCCUUCUGGACGGCAAGCGUCGCCUCAAGAUCGCCCGAUUCGGGGCGGCACGGGUGGAGUCCUCCCACCCAGUCAGCACCGCCACUGGUAGCUGCCGCCGCACCCUCAGCUACAGUGCGCCUGAGGUGCUCUUCUCCCAACCCUAUGACCGCUCUGCUGAUGUCUACAGCUUCGGCAUCUGCCUGUGGGAGCUGUACGCUCGGGAGGCCCCGUUUCCGAACCUAGACUUCGGGGAAGUGGCCGAUGCUGUCAAGGAGGGCGCACGACCCAUUAUUUCCCCCAUGUGCCCCCCUGACUUGGCCAAUGUUAUGCGCUGCUGCUGGGAGGGUAUCCCUCCGGCUCGCCCGUCGAUGCCCCAAGUUCUUGCAAUGCUGAAGGUGGGACGCGGCGGCCAGGCAGACUCUGGGGAAGCAGGGGGAGCAGGCGCAAGGAGGAGGCGGUCGGAGAGCUCCCGGGGGGUGGGGGUGAACAUCGCCGCAUUGGAUAAGGCGCUAGACCGAGUCAUGUCCAUGCCCUGGCGCGGCGAAAAGAAGGCGGGCGACUGCGACGGAGGCUUGGGAUUGGGCGCAGCGUGGCAGGAGAAAGGAGGGAAGAACGGGAAGCAUGUGCUGGGUAGGGCGCGUUCCCAUGGAAACGGGGAGGGGAGUUCCGUUCUGGCUGCCGCUGCGGCGGCCGUUGCUGCCAUCCGCAGUGACGGUGACACGGUGGCUUUCCCUAAUAAUGUCACGGGAGUGCCGCUAAACAAGUGUGGUACGGAAGCGGGUGCGAAGGACGCGACGAAUAAGGAGCGGUGUGCGGAGGUGGAACUGGGUACGGAUGGGGGGCGGGGCGAAGGCGAUGCUGCUGUAGCAAGCGACCCCUCGUGGCAGGUUGAUUUACGGCGAGUGACUAUAAAGAAGGAAAUCUUCAAGGGCGCGUACAGCACGGUGUAUAAGGGCGCGUUCAGGGACAUGGAUGUUGCAGUGAAGGCCAUCGACUGGGGCGAAGCGGGGUCGUUCUCGCCCGUGCUGCGCGCCAAGCAGAGAGCCGCGCUGCUGCGCCAGGUGCACGUGUGGCGGGGCCUCAAGCAUCCGUACGUGACGCAGGUGAGCGUGGUGCAUGUGAGGGUGGCGCGGCUCGUAGCAGCGAGCGUGGCAGCUGACCGUGCGCCCUGCACCACGCCUCGUGGCGUGGACGCGCGUUUGAGGGGCGUGGCGGGGUGCUUAAUAAUGGAGUAUGCGGGCGACCUGACGCUCAAGGAGUAUCUGGCGCGCGCUGCCAGGGAGAGGAGGAAGCUGCCGCUGCACAUGGUGGUGGAGCUGGCUUUGCAACUCGCCAAGGGGCUGGCCUACAUCCACAGCAGCGGCGUGGUGCAUGGGGACGUGUGCCCCGACAACCUCCUCCUCACGGAUCGCAGGCGCCUCAAGAUCGCCGGCUUCGGCGUCGCUCGCUUCGAGGCCCACUGCAAGGCGCGUGGCCGCGCCGGCGCGCAGUGGGGGGGCGGCCCUGGGUCUGCUGGGGUGAAUGAGGAUUCUGGAAAGAGAGCUGCGGUGGCUGCGAUGGGGUACAUGGCUCCUGAGGUGCUAGCUGGACUGCCAUACGACCGCCGUGCUGACGUGUACAGCUUUGGCAUCUGCCUGUGGGAGCUGCUGACGUGUGAGACUCCGUUUGACUCGUUUGACUUCAGCGAAAUGGCUUCUGCCAUCAGUGAGGGUGUGCGCCCCAUCCUGCCCCACAAGUGUCCCCUUGACAUCGCACGAGUCAUGCGGUGCUGCUGGGAGGGCUCCUCUGCUGCGCGCCCCUCCAUGCCGCAAGUCAUUGCGAUGCUGGACAAGGUCAAUGUGUUCAGCGGGCGAGAGAUCCCUGUGCACAACAUUUGA